CACCUUACGUUUCUCUCUCUUUCUCUCCUUCUCUCCUUCUCUCUACCAUUUCCAAAUUAUUCCUUUAUAAUCCAACCCUGAUUUUUGUUUCCAGGCCUUCUCUCUCCUCCCUCCUCCUCCUCUUUCUCUCUCUAGACCACCAACUCUUCUUCGUCGCCACCGCUGAUGGAGUCGGAGCUUCACUUUCCAACCACGCCGUCCGACCCCGACACUCCCCGAACUGCAACCACCGCAGUCAAUCGUACCCUCCACCUCCUCCAAUCUGACGACCCUGAUUCCCAAAUUCAAGCUGCCAAAGAAAUCCGCCGCCUCACUAAAACAUCCCAGAAGUGUCGGCGGCAGCUCUCCCCCGCCGUCAGGCCGCUUGUCUCCAUGCUCCGACUCGAUUCCCUCGACUCUAACGAGGCCGCUCUUCUCGCCCUCCUCAACCUUGCCGUCAAAGAUGAAAAAAAUAAGGUCAACAUUGUUGCCUCUGGAGCCCUAGAACCCAUUAUCAGUUUUCUUCAGUCGCAGAAUUCAAAUAUGCAGGAGUAUGCCACUGCAUCUUUGCUCACACUGUCUGCUUCUACCAUUAACAAGCCAACCAUAAGUGCUGCAGGUGCAAUUCCUCUCCUUGUUGAAAUCCUUAGACAUGGAAGCCCACAAGCCAGGGUCGAUGCAGUGCUAGCUCUUUACAAUCUCUCAACAUAUUCUGAUAAUAUCAGCAUCAUUCUUGAAGCAAAACCCAUCCCUUCAAUAGUUGACCUGCUUAAAACCUGUAAAAAAUCUUCAAAAACAACUGAAAAAUGUAGUGCUCUUAUAGAAUCUUUGGUGGCUUUUGAUGAGGGGAGAACUGCCUUGACAUCUGAAGAAGGGGGAGUGCUUGCAGUGGUGGAAGUUCUUGAGAAUGGAUCUCUCCAAAGCCGGGAGCAUGCAGUGGGGGCACUAUUAACAAUGUGCCAGAGUGACCGAUGUAAAUAUAGGGAACCAAUUCUUAGAGAAGGCGUAAUCCCUGGUCUCCUCGAGCUCACUGUUCAAGGAACACCCAAGUCCCAGUCAAAGGCACAAACCCUCUUGCGGUUACUGAGGGACUCUCCUCAUCCAAGAUCCGAGCUGCAACCUGACACUCUAGAGAACAUCGUGUGCAACCUCAUCUCUCAGAUUGACAGCGAGGAUCAAUCUCGCAAGGCUAAGAAGAUGCUAGCAGAGAUGGUGCAAGUUAGCAUGGAACAAAGCUUGAGACAUUUACAGCAAAGAGCUGUAGUGUGCACACCGACUGAUCUUCCUAUUAACAAUUGUAGUUCAGAAGUUUCUUCAAAAUGAUGGUUUUGGGUUGUCAGCUGUCUUUCUGCAUUCGGGGUUUGUGAGAUCAAAUUUUCCAUGUUAGAGAAAAACAAUAAGAUAUAGAAGAAUGCCAGUCCAGGCCAUUGUGAUGGUACCGGGUGACUGGUAAGUGUCAAUAAACUGGAAGCUGUAUGAGGUUGAGAGUGUAGUUAUAUAGUUGGUUUAUAAAGAAACUGUUGUAUUAUCUGAAAUCAGAAAAAAGUUACUGUGCAGCCCAAAGCAGGAGCUUACUGUUAAUUGCCAUUGCUUUGAUAGUCUGAAUUAUUCUCUCUUUGGUGUCU